UCCAUCGGUGAACUUAAAAUGCUACAGACACUUGACGUGGAGGAGAACAACAUGAAGAGGCUGCCCACAUCGCUCUAUCAGAUGCGUGGACUACAGAGAAAGCACGUAUCAGGUGGGGUUAAAUACGGGUUGAUCGCAGAGAACAACCCCAUGCGAUCACCGCGUCCCCUCACACUCGCCCAGGGUAACCCCAGGGUCAUCUCGGCCGUGGUGCUGAAAGACGCCGGCAAGUUAGAAGACGUCGUGGUAGACAAGACGCUACGGAUUCUCUGUAACUCCAUCUUGAACGAGUGCUGGGCCACGUUAACGAUCAAGUGGCACGUUCCGCCGACGGUGACGAUGCCGACGCUCUACCACACGGAGCGGGCUCGGCCGAGCCUGACCAGACUGGCCGACGACUUUCCGUGGCGAGUUCGGCCCCACCCCGAGGAGAUGCUCUCCAUCGCGACUUACGCCGUACAGAAGUGUCUCUUCCAAACUGUGGACUUCUUGAUAGAGCAAAGUCUAUUGGAAGAAAUCCCGGAGUAUGUAAGCAAUGGGCAACUGUUGGAAUCUAUGGUGGAAUGGAUGUUGGAAGAAGCCAUCGAUGAGGUGAAGGACGACAUGAAGAUAAUGGAUAACGUGGAGGACGUUGUGGAGUUAACGGUGGACAUGGAGGUCCGGCUGUGUCUGUGGGAGGAGCUGGAGGACAGGAUCGGGGACGUCGUGGGGCUGGGCAGGGCUAUCAUGUAUCUCCAUGGUUACGGCGUAGAGAGCAGAUACGAGGUGGAUGCAGCGGGUGCAGAGCUGACUCUGCCCGGCAGGUGUCUGUUGUCCAUCCCGGAGAAGGCGUUCCGUGGCAGUCUCCUGGUCACGUGCCAGGUUCUGGAUCCUAACACCUACCCGCGGCGCCUCCCAUUGGCUGCCGGGGAGAUCCUGGUCUCUGACGUCAUCGAAAUCAAGCCCGUCACCCAUCUACAGAAACAUGCCAUCCUUCAGGGUCGUGCCGCUGUCGGCAUAGAUCGGCUGGCUACGUUCGUCGUCGUGUCUCGGCCGAAGACCUACGAACACUGGCUGAAGGCCGGACAAGAGGAGACGUGUUUGGAGAUGUCCCGAGGGAACGGUGUGCAGCUCCAUCUGCCGCAGGACCCGCUGCACAGACCAAAGACCAUUAAAUUCCAGGUUCUCCCGUUCCACGGCUCGUGUCUGACCCGGACCAUCCACACCACCACCCGCAUGUCCCCCCGGGAACACCCCCUCCCCUUGAUCGCCGCCAGCCACGUCAUCAACGUCACCUCCAGACUCACGCAGCUCAGGGACUUCGCUCAGAUUUCCCUGCCCCUGGUGUUCCCGUCUGAGAACGACGGAUCUUCUCCGAGGAAAGCGACGACAAGUCCUGACAUAGUGUUCUCGAUGGAUGACGUCAAUGUGCGGAAUGUGAUUGACACCACUCAGGUCCACAUCGUGGGCUACUCCAACUCCUACAACAAGUGGGAGGACAUGACGUCACGUGUCAGGGGUGUGACCGUGCGAGGACGCAGCGAGAGUGUAUCCUUCCGCACCAAGGAGCUGCAAAGCUACAUAGCGCUGUGCUACCCGCCAGGCCUGGACUUGAACGUGCACGGGACCGUGAUGUCCAUCAUCCACAACAUGGCAAGGAAACAUGUCAGCCUCCUGGCGUUCAAAAGGUGGUCAACCCACGAAGUCGUUCUGUCGCACAGCAGUCCCAGUUCCGAUCGCCAGGGGUCGUCCAGUAAAGGGCAAGUCAUCGGCAAUCUCCUCGAAGUGCGUCUAGAACUCAUCACGCCAGGUACGGAGGACUUUGUCACCAAGCAGGCGAGACUUGAAGGGUUCCAACCUCAGGAGGGAGUCACAGAGAUGGAUACCGUCAUCAAGGAGGGUCAGAAAUUACAUCUCAGACUGCACAACCUUGUGGAGGCAAGUUCCUGUGUGUACAAGACCAAUGUAGACUUUUGUGUCCAUAUCAGGAGACGGAACAGACUUUCUCUGCUACUAGAAUUUCAGAGCUUGAACGAGAACGGUGAGAUAGAAAUGUGCGUGGGGCACCACUUGUUGCAAGGGAAGGACAUGCCGAGAGUUCUGGUGAAGGUGCCCGUGAGUCCUCCCAGAAACAUUGUGUCUGAAGAGGACGACUUCAUCUCAGAUUCAGAUUCAGAGUCCUCAGAACUUCAGGCACUGAUGUCAGUGCUGGACUUCAGCAUGUGAUGUAUUGUGAAGUCUGCGAAGUGUACGCAGUCCUGGAUUGUUAGAUAGGAUAUUGAAAAACACAUCAACAGUAGAACAAGGAAAGAAGAACAUAUAUAAAUAAGAGGAUGGUUCUACAAAGUGCCUUUUGUACUGAUGUUAGCAGAGAAUUACAUCAAAGUUUUCAAACUCUGAAAAUACAAAUAGAUAUUUGU